AUGAGGCAAAGGCUAGAAUUUACCUUCCGUCGACUCCGCAAGGAAGAAUGGUCAGCAUACCUUUUCCGUGUAUACGAACUCCCCCAGACACUCGGAAUAUACGCCUUACAGCGCAAUCACGACUUGGAAUCACUAUACACCGGCGACCCCUUCCGAGGGCUCCAAGUACUCAUCGUCGAUCACCCUCUCAGGGGUUAUGAAGGCUACAUCGUUGGAUCCCGUUUAGUCAAGCCGGUAGUUGACGGGGACGAUGAAGCAUUCGAAUUCGAGGUCAACAAAUUGAACCAUAUAACCCACUACACAACCUGUAUCUCCGCUAAAUAUCUCCAAGAGAAACAUUCUGGGAUACCCCUCAUGGAAGCCAUCCAUCUGCCCCCUCAAAUCCUUCAUCAGCAGACGCAGGGGGGUACCGUACUUCCAGGGACCCCUCCGCCUAUAGGAAUGACCCCACGCAGCCAUGAUUCAGAAUCUACGUGGCAAGAGGUGGCAUACAAAUAUACUCGUGGUGAAAUCUUUGCAAACCAUUGGCUCAGGAAUCCUGUCAUGAUGCACAAGAAAUUCCAAAUAAUGGUAUUACAGACCCUCAUUGACGACAGAUCAUAUCGGACGGACAAUAUGAUCAGUGGGUACACUGUAGUGACAGAGGCGGUGACUCCUUGGGCUGAGCGGAUCGUUGUCAAGACGGGGAAUCAGAAUAACCUCAGACAAAAAGAUGCGGAGCUGAGGAAGGUGAUUCCAGAUAACCUUGCAUUAAAAUCCGGCGAACGAGUGAUUGUCAUUGGGACGGACGCGGCGGGCAGCACCAAAAGUAUGGGGCUCGUAGGACUUGUGACCGACUCACCGUAUGCGCUAAAAGAGGGUGUUCAUUUGAUUGUGUUUACUGAACCACCCGGUCGCUAUGCAUAUGUUUCCGGAUUCAACUUGUUAAAGACAGACCGUCAGAAGGCGGAAGACAAUUUGCGUGGAUCCUCAACUUACAAAGAUUUGAGUGGGGGUCGCCUCGUGCGAGUCAACGGCCCCAACGACUCGUGA